AAGAACUCGGCCCAUUUAUCUUUGGGUGCGAAAGGAAGAAACCCUAAGCUGUUGGUUUCUGCUUCCGCUGAAAUGGGCCAGUAGGACGGCGGAGUAUUAUAAUCGUAACCUCCAUCGGCAUCUUCAGUUAUCAGCCGAAGAAGACCUUCCCAUUCACACUGCGAGCUCCAUUGCAAUGGCCCCCAAGAACACUCCGCGCAACCAUGAGCUAAUCAGGGGAAUUGGGAAGUUCUCGCGCUCCCAAAUGUACCACAAGAGGGGUCUUUGGGCUAUCAAGGCGAAGAACGGCGGCGUUUUCCCUCGCCACGACAAGAAGCCCGUCGAGCCUGCGGUGCCGGAGAAGCCGCCGAAGUUCUACCCUGCUGACGAUGUGAAGAAGCCCCUCGUCAACAAACACAAGCCAAAGCCUACAAAGCUCAGGUCAAGUAUUACUCCGGGGACUAUUCUGAUCAUCCUCGCCGGAAGAUUCAAGGGAAAGAGAGUGGUGUUCCUGAAGCAGCUCUCCUCCGGUUUACUCCUUAUCACCGGCCCGUUCAAGAUCAACGGUGUUCCUCUGCGGCGCGUGAAUCAGGCGUAUGUGAUUGGGACUUCGACCAAGGUAGACAUUUCUGGGGUCAAUGUGGACAAGAUUGAUGAUAAGUACUUCGGUAAGAAGGCUGAGAAGAAGAAGAAGAAGACUGAAGGAGAGUUCUUUGAAUCUGAAAAAGAGGAGAAGAAAGGGAUACCACAAGAGAAGAAGGAUGACCAGAAGGAGGUGGAUGGUGCAUUGAUCAAAGCCAUUGAGGCAGUGCCGGAUUUGAAGACUUAUUUGGGAGCAAGGUUCUCCCUCAAGGACGGCAUGAAACCUCACCUGCUCGUCUUUUAAAUGCAGUAGUGAUUUAUUUCUGAUUUUGUUUAUUUCUGUUUCUGUGUUCUGUGAUCUGAUUUUGCCAGUGACACAAAACUGCUUCUUAAUUUAUAAAAUUAAAUCUGAGGUUCAUAACUUUGCUGUCAUGGUAUCCCUCAGACCCUCACCUUUGCCUGAUAUUAUGCACUGUUUGGUGUUUUAUGGAUAAAAUUAAAUUUAUUCUGUGUUGGACUUUUCAUCCAAAAAAAAAAAAAUUCUG